AGCCCAUCUCAACACACAACACCACGCACUGGAGAGCAGCAUCAGACGCAUUUGCUCGCUCGGUUAGCUUUAGCUUGGCGGAUUAGCGACAGCGAGGAGUAGUGUUUACCUCCCCCCCUCGCUCAUAAAGACAAUAAAUGUUUUGCCGGACAAAUGCAGCACAGGACUGAAGAUUUUUUCGGAGUCGGAAGAGUUACGACACAACCUAAAAGUGUAAGGUUGUGAGCUACAGGGCCAGGAGCAUGACUGAGCAGCAGGAGCACACUGAAGAAACAGGCCUGCUCGCUACACAGGACCUGGACGCCUCCAAGGACGACGACGCACACGGCCACCUCAGGUUUCAGCUGAUUGAAGAGUUGUCCUAUGAGGAUGUAAAAAAAUGUUACCGUGGCUCGUGUGUGUCUUGCAGCGACUUGCUUCAGGCCAUGGAUGAGUGUGUGUGUGUGUACGGUGCCAACGUGCUGAGCCUGGUGCAGAGCUCGCCACCUUUGAGGGAGAGGAUGGUGUCCACGGUGAGCCGAGUCAGAGCGGCCGGCGGCUGGAGAGGGGGUGCUGGUGCUGGGGCUGGUUCUGGUGCUGUGAGGACAGGCCGGUCCGCCAAGGAGCUGCUCAUGACUCUGCCCUGUCCCUCUGCACAGACUGUCAGCAAGUACAACUCGCAGUACCACAAACUCUUCCAGUGUGUGCCCAAGGAUGAGCUCCUCAUGAAAGUGUACUCCUGUGCUCUUCUCAGAGAUAUCCUCCUCCAAGGCAGGCUCUACAUUUCAAGAAAUUGGCUAUGUUUCUAUGCCAACCUUUUCGGCAAAGACAUUAAGGUGGCCAUCCCUGUUGUCUCUGUGCGGCUGGUAAAGAAGCACAAAACAGCGGGCCUGGUGCCCAAUGGCUUGGCUAUCACCACAGACACUGGCCAGAAGUAUGUAUUUGUGUCUCUUCUGUCAAGAGACAGCGUGUACGAUGUCCUUCGUAGGAUCUGUACACACCUACAGGUCAAUGGAAAGAGUCUGAGUUUAAAGCAGUACAUGGAGGAGCCCACCUUGUCACUGGAUGAAUUCCCAACCCCUGACGAGUUCCCAGUGGUGGAUGAAUUUCCGUCAGUGUUAAAGUGGAGAAGGAAGCCCUCGGUGGUGUCUGUGUCCUCCUCCCUUCCUGACCUCCUGGGGAACUCCAGCAGCAGCCUGAGCACCGCAAACACGCCCUUCAAGUCAGAGCAGCCUCUGGAAGAGCGAGCUUUACAGACGGACAGAGGCCUUCUAUCAGAGCCAGUGGCAGAGCUGGGCCAGAUGGAAUACCAGCUGCUUAAGUUCUUCACUCUGCUGAUCAUUCUCCUCAUCCUGUCAUCGUGCUACCUGGCAUUCCGUGUAUGCAGUCUGGAGCAGCAGCUCUCCUUCCUCAGCAACCCACAUUUGCCCCUCAGAGAGAGGUAACCUUGGCUCCUCCUGGCCGCUGUUCACUCUUCCCACAUCCAGGAUGAGGUCAAGUCAUCAAGCCCUUAGAGCACCUUCCCUCCGUGGGACUGGCGAUCACUUUGAGACUAUGCAAACAGAAUCCUUAUUUGUGUCCUUUACAGAAUGCACAUGACUCUUAGGGCAUACCUGUCAACCCUCCUGUUUUCCCUGAGAAACUCCUGUAUUUUGGCCCUUAUUUCCUGGUGCCCUCCCGUUUUAAGUUUCCCAUAACUUUCCCCUAAUUUUCCCUUAUUUUCUGGAUAAUUUCCCUUAUUUUCAAAUGCAAGAAUUUUAUUUUCAACACAAGAAUGACUGGAAAAGAGUGAAAAUAAGGACAUUUCAUUUGACUUGUCCUUCAUUAAAAGUGCACUAAACCAAAUAAGCCGUUGACGCCGCAACGACCCUGACUUAAGCACUUUAAAAAUACAUCCAUAUCAUUUUCAAAUUCAUUUGAGAUGUUUGUGUUAUUCUCCAACACAGGUAGGCUGUUGUCAUAUUUGACAGUAUUUAUACAAUGAAGGAGGUCACUCGACUGAAGGAAAUAAUCAUGGAAGUGGAGCAAUUUAACACCAUUUGUGUGUUAGUCAUAAUGUGAAUGCAAUACUAGGUAAUAAAGUAAUACUUUACUUUAUUAUACAUUAUUAUAUAUUAUAUAUAAAAUACUUUAAUUUAUAGAUGUAGUGAUUUGGGGUUGAGAAUGGUUUGUUUUAUACAUUUCAAAUGGCAGUUUUCCUAAUCACAAGUUUAAAUGAUAUAUAUUUGUUGAAGGAGGUAUUGAUUUUGCGGACUGGUUGAAAUGUCAUUCUUGUUUAGCUGUGAAUUCUCUGUUGAUUAAAUUAGCGACACUAUUAUCAUGGAAUUGAUGCUUUCUGUUUUUAUUCA